AUGUCGAGUGAUUACGAAUAGUAUUAUAUUGUUUCUAUCUGAUAGGGAGUUCUAUAAUGUUACCCAGGCAACACUUACCCCAAGGUUGCAGGAGGCUUGUCGAAGGGAAGGCAUUCAUCCCAAUGAAUUAUUUAAGAAGACCAGAGAAUAAGUGGUGCAACUAAUCAAGCAACGCGAUACAGUGGGUGCAUAAAUUACAGAAGACAUGGUGACGGAGAUUGAGAAACAUUUGGAAGAUAAGCGAAAGAGAAGAAUCAAUAUUGUUAGAUCCUAAAGAUAAAAAAUACUGUAGGAGGACAACAAUGUUAGUAGGAAUUCAAACCACAUCUCCAAUUUAAACCUUUCGACUAUGAGCUUUGCUGAUAAACAAUAAAAAAUGCUCGAAAAUAUAAAAAGGAGAUAGUAGAUGGAAAUUGAAAAAAUGGUUGAAUAGGAGUAACUCAAAGAGAGGAAGAGCCAUAUAGCACUUCAGAAAAUGUUAAAAUAGCAAGAGAAGGAGAAACAAUACCAAGAUGAAUUAUAAAGGAAACGCUAGUAAAAUGAACAGUUACGAUAAAAAUAGGAAAUGGAGAGAAAAAAGAAGGAGUAAAGGGAAAAAGAAUUGUUGGACCAAAAAGCAAAAGAGAAUGAUUUGAAAGAAUAGAAACGUCGUCAGAAGGAACAUGAAAACAUGAUGAAGUCAAAAUGGGAAGCAGAAUAGAGAGAAUUGGACAGGAAGAAAAAAUAGGAACAAAUGUAAAUGGAAAAUGAAUAAUUUUAAAAUGAAUAAUAAAGAUAAUUAGAAAUAAAAAAAUAACAAUUAGAAUAAAAGGAGAAAAAGAGAAUAUAAAUGAUGGAAAGUAGAACUAUUGAAAGAAAGACACAGGCGGAAAAAGAAAGAGCUGAAUUAGAGAAGAAAUUACAAAUGGUAAAAUAAUAUAAUGAGAAUUUGCUUGAAAAGAAGAGGAACGAUUAUACUUUGAAAGAAUAACAUGUAGAAUUAAAGAGAAGAGAAUUUGAAGAAUAUCUUGAGAAGGUCAGACAAGAGAAAGCGAGAUAAGCUGAAGAAAAAUAAAAGUAAAUCAAUAAAAUUAUGGUAACAUAUAUUUAUUCUAUUAUUAAACUAGUAAACCAAUUAACAGAAAGAGGAAGAGAAAAGAUAACAAUAUGAACAGAAAUAAUAGGAAUAUUAAAAGAAAAAAGAAGUUAUGAAUGAGUAACAAAGAUAAUAGAUGGAAGAUAAAAUGAAAAAAUAUAGAGACAAAGAAUAUAAAAUAUAAAUGAUUUUAUAAAAAAAUGAAGUUAUGUAAGAAUAACAAAAAUAGGAGUUACAAAAGAAAUUAGAUAGAACAUAAUAAAAAUUAUAAGUGCUUGAAUUCAAGAAGGAAGAAGAUUAAAAAUAAAGGUAUUAAGUUUAACUAAUAUAGAAUAACUCUAUAAAUAAUCAAAGAUAUUGAUAAGUUUGAUAAUUUAUCUAGGAUGGAACAAUUAAGUGAGUUAAGAAGGACGAAGCUUGAAAUGAAGUUGUCUAAGGAUGAUGAAAGAACUGAAAUGGUAAGAAGAGAGAGAGAGAAUUUGGCAAAACAAGCUGAAAUCAUUAGGAAAGAAGCAGAAGAAAAAAGAUAAUAAUUUAUCCAAGAAUUUGAGAAAAAGAAGAAAUUGUAAGUGAUAACUCAAGACGGCUAAAGAGACAAGCAGGUUUCAGUUAAUAAUAGAUCCUAAUCAUCAGGAAUUAAUAUGAGAUAAUAAUAAUGA